AUGGGUUUUGCCUUGAAGAAACCGGACGAUGCGGUUGGCUCUGCUACUCCGGCCAUCGUCAUUGGCUUGUUUGUUGCUUUUGGAGGUGUUCUAUUUGGAUAUGACACUGGUACCAUUAGUGGUAUUCUCGCGAUGAAAUAUUGGCGAAGGACGUUUUCUACCGGUUAUAUCAACCCCGACGACCAUUACCCUGAUGUUACAUCCUCACAGUCCUCCAUGAUCGUCUCCCUCCUUUCUGCCGGUACUUUCUUUGGUGCACUAGGCGCCGCUCCCGUUGCAGACUACUUCGGUCGUCGGAUUGCCAUGAUUCUUGAAACAUUCGUUUUUUGCGUUGGUGUCAUUCUCCAAACUGCAUCGACAUCCAUUCCCCUGUUCGUGGCUGGGCGGUUCUUUGCCGGUCUAGGUGUCGGUCUUCUGUCUGCAACCGUCCCUCUCUACCAGUCGGAGACAGCUCCUAAAUGGAUUCGGGGAACCAUUGUCGGUGCCUAUCAGCUAGCCAUUACCAUUGGCCUGCUGCUGGCGGCCAUCGUCAACAACUCGACCAAAGAUCGCAAUGACACUGGUUCAUACCGAAUCCCCGUCGCUGUCCAGUUUGCCUGGGCCAUUAUUUUGGUCGUUGGAAUGCUUGUCCUCCCCGAGACACCCCGGUUCCUCAUUAAGAAUGACAAGCAUGAGGCCGCAGCAAAAGCUCUUGCCCGUCUUCGUCGAUUGGAUAUCAACGAUUCCGCCAUUGUUGAAGAGCUUGCUGAAAUUCAGGCCAAUCAUCAGUUUGAGCUGAGCCUGGGUAAGGCUACCUACCUGGAGAUCUUGCGCGGCUCCAUUGGCAAGCGUCUGGCAACAGGCUGUGCUGUUCAAGCCCUACAGCAGCUAGCUGGUGUUAAUUUUAUUUUCUACUACGGCACCACCUUCUUCCAAAACUCGGGUAUCAAGAACUCUUUUGUGAUCACCCUAAUUACCAGCAUUAUCAACGUCGUCUCAACUUUCCCGGGUCUAUACAUGGUGGAAAAAUGGGGCCGCCGGCCCCUAUUGAUGUUUGGCGCGGUGGGGAUGUGUGUCUCCCAACUUAUUGUGGCUAUCGUCGGUACUGCGGCAUCAUCAGAUGUGGCGAACAAGGUAUUGAUUGCGUUUGUGUGCAUCUACAUCUUUUUCUUUGCCUGUUCCUGGGGCCCCGUUGCCUGGGUUGUGACCGGUGAACUGUUCCCUCUCAAGGCCCGCGCCAAGUGUCUCUCCAUCACGACUGCCACCAAUUGGUUGCUCAACUGGGCCAUUGCCUAUGCUACCCCCUACAUGGUGAAUAGCGGCGCCGGAAAUGCCAACCUGAAGUCCAAGGUCUUUUUCAUCUGGGGUGGAUUUUGCUUCAUCUGCGCCAUCUUUGUCUACACUUGCAUCUAUGAGACCAAGGGUCUGUCGCUAGAGCAGGUGGAUGAGCUUUACGCCAAAGUGCCCGUUGCGUGGGAAUCGAUCAAUUUUGUUCCAUCUGUCCACUACACCGAUGUUCGUGAUGUCUCCGUCUCCAAUCCUGGUGAUCUCGCUCAACUUGAGACCCGGGCCAAUGAGAAACGCAGUGGCGAGCAGGCGACCCAUCUGGAAAGUAUUAGUGCAAAGGCCGAUGUUUAA